CUCUCGUAUUCUCCCAACAUUCCCCCAUCGUGCAUUAUUACACCAUAAAGGCACGCGACUCGUUUUUUAAUUCUUAAACAUCGAUACCUCUCCCAUUGCUUCGCAAGAUUUUAUCAUUUCUCUAGAUUUUAUCAGUCAUGCAUGUUUCACCAGUCGAAGAUGUUGGCACACCAGCAGCGAAUAUGAAUAAUAAAGAACUUCCAGUUCAGAACGAAAAUUUGCGUCUGUUAUUCAUCAAAUGAGAGAGGACAUGGAGGAUUUGACGAAACAGUUGACGCAACGUACCACUGGAUCGAUUACUAAUGCAAGAGAUGGCGUACCCAUUACGGAAGAAUAUGUGACAAGUCUGAAAAAAGAAAUUUGAGAAGUGAAGGCGAGAAACCGCGAACUGACCCAAUCCAUGGCUAAUACAAAUGCUAAAACUGAAAAUACUGAGCCAACUUACGUUUUAGAUUGAAGUAAGGAUAAUGUUCAUGUAAGAGGUCUGGUGGCACAGCUGAACAGCACAAUCGGUAGUUUACGCCAGGGCGUCUAUAAGAUAGGGCGGCGAAACGCACGGAUGGCGUGUUGAAACAUGUGUGAUGCGAUUUUAGGACUGGGACGGGGCGGUCGGCGAAAAAUUCUCGAGCGAAACAAUAUUUACUUGGUUUUUAACAAGCUCGAUUAAAACCACUCAAUCUCUGAAGCUAUUAACGCGACAUCUAAAAUAAGAUUUCUCCUGUGUAAUUUAUAACUCUUUCUAUUAAUAUUGUGUCUUAAAAUUGUUUCUUCAAAAGUUAACUGACCGAAUUUGUCAAAUUAAAACUACGGACACGCACGGCUACUUGGUCUGUUUUUAGAUGUAUCAUACAUAUUUUGAUUUUUCUCAGUGAGGAAAAUCCCCAAAAGCAUUAUACUUCAAGAUUUGGUGUCCAGAAUAUUGACGAACAUUUGUAGCAAAUUUCACUACACAACGUUUUGAACCUUUUUUGCAAUCCCGUUAAAUUAUAUUAUAUACUUAGAUAACGUUCCGAAUUGAAAAUAUGAUAUGUUUUUCUUUCGUCAUGGCAAUGUCGACCUAGCCAAGCUAAAAACAAAACAAGAAAAUGCUAACUUACUUGCAGGAGCAUUUGACCGCGUCACAACAACGUUUUCGAAUUUUCAAAAUACAAAAUUUCCAUUAAAAAAUUGAAAACCUUGCCAUAGCUCCUAAAGCUGGGAAAUUUAGAAAAUAACUCUCUUGUUCAUUAACAUCGAUUCCACGUGCAAAUAGUCGCAUAAUGUUUUGAACCUUUUUCACAAUUUUCUCUGGAAAACGACAACCAUAAAACGGAACCAUGUUUACAAACUUGUCUUGGUAACCAGCGGACUUGGACGAGUAUAAAAAACACGAAGAAACCCUUUCAAGAACAGCAAUUAUCUUAUUUACAUUGAAAUUAACAGUAUUUCCAACUGGAAAUGACGAAUUUGUGUCAUCUGUUUCCAGAUCAGUGUCAUCCAAACUAAUAAUCAUCUCAAGUUCUUCGUCUUCUAAGUAACCCGCCGCCAUUUUGAAAACAGUUUUUCGAAUCUUUAUGGGGGGUCCGCACAUCACACAUGUUUCAACACGCCAUCCGUGCGUUUCGCCGCCCUAUCUUAUAGGCGCCCUGUUUACGCCGAGAGAAAUUAGAACUUACAUCUCAAUUGGGAAAAUGUAAAGCAAUUAUCGUUCAUCUUCAAUGUUUACUUCAUCAUUCUUCAGAAGAGGUUCGUCAGAAGCAACUAAACAUAUCAACUUCACUAUCAGUUGACAACAGGGAAUCGUCAGGCCAACGAAGAAAUGAAUGCUUUGAAGCAGCAGAACUCUGGUCUCAAGCUGCAGGUAACCCAAAAAAGACGCCAGGCUGACGAAUUUUACAAAACGGGUUUGGAGAGAAAUAUUGAUGCUGUAUCAUUAGGAAACCAGUUGUCAGCAUUAAAAUUGGAUCUUGCCAGUCACGGAAAACCUUUGAAUACGUACAAUCCAGAAAGUCAGUUUAUACAAGACCUUCGAGAGAAAGAAGUCCCUGGUAUGAAGGGAGUAGUAUCGUCAUCUAAAGGAUUACACACCAAACUACGUCAAGCUGCUCAAAGGAAAAAUGGAGUAACAAAAGAACGCGAACAGUUGAUUAAAAUGGGAAAUAAGCUGAGAGCUGAAUUGUUGAAAUAUAAAGGAGGGAAAAAAUCGCCUUCAAUUGAGGCACGUCAAUCGUCCAAAGAUCCGCAGAAUGUGGCGCAAACAUCCCGAUCCCAACUACGGGGUUUGGAACAGUUGCAAUAUGAACUAACAAGCAAAGAACUGCAGUAUGCACAGAGAAAACUAGCGAGGAAUAAUGAUCAGCAUUCGCUAUCUCCUCGGAAAAAGAAUUCCGCGUCGGCCCAAAAACUUCAAAAACACUCUUCAAACACGGAACUCGCAGAAAAAGCAGGCCUACCGGAAUCGUCUACUGUUCGUGACGAAAUCGUCUCGCCAUGGCAACCUUCGUUCUCAUCAGACGACCGCGCGUCGUUACAAGAUGUCUGGAAACUACUAGGCGAGGACAGUCCUGGAUUAACCCAUCGCGGGGACGAAGUCAGCAAGUCUCAGCUUCGGGAAAGUUCCUCAACUACGGAGAGUUUCACAGUCAAAGGUCAGCCUAGUCACGUGCAUCUCAAGCCAGAGUGUUCCAAGGCUGCGCUGUCUGUCAAGGCAGCUGGGAAAUGGACACUCUCCCAGGCUUUUCUCCCACGCCGUCCAUCUAGCUUCUAACUCACGAAGCAGUUUGGCAUCCCAGGGGACCUUGGCGUCACAAUACUCGCGGUAGAGGAACUUUCCUUGCAGAAUAAUGGGCGAAAUCAACCCGAGAGGAUCAUAAACUUUCGCGAUCCUUCCGAGGACUCCUCGCUUCGUCGGACUUGCUGGGUCAGCAGGAAACUAGAUUUUGUAUGGCUUGAGCAUGUAUGGCUUAGGCGGCCAAAGGAGUGGAAAUUCUGUCCCAAACAGCUUGGACCUCACACUAUUUUAGGAAGACUAGGCGUAAAUUAUAAGA